AUGGAAUCUCACGGCUCCGGUCUCCGGCGAGUUAUGUUGCUGUCGUUCUGCGUCGCCGGGAUCUGGGCUGCCUACAUUUACCAAGGCGUUCUUCAGGAAACCCUGUCCACGAAGAGAUUUGGUGAAGAUGAGAAGAGAUUUGAGCAUCUUGCGUUUUUAAACUUGGCUCAGAAUGUGGUCUGCUUGGUUUGGUCUUUUAUAAUGAUAAAGCUAUGGUCCAAUGGAGGUAGUGGUGGAGCUCCAUGGUGGACUUAUUGGAGUGCUGGCAUUACUAAUACCAUUGGUCCUGCUAUGGGCAUUGAAGCUCUCAAGUAUAUUAGUUAUCCUGCUCAGGUUCUGGCGAAGUCUUCUAAAAUGAUUCCAGUCAUGUUGAUGGGGUCCUUAGUUUAUGGCAUAAGAUACACUUUACCUGAGUAUCUUUGCACCUUUCUUGUUGCUGGAGGAGUGUCCAUGUUUGCUCUUCUUAAGACUAGCUCAAAGACCAUCAGCAAGCUAGCAAAUCCAAAUGCUCCACUUGGAUACGGCCUCUGCUUCUUAAACCUCGCCUUCGACGGAUUCACAAACGCCACCCAAGAUUCCAUCACCGUAAGGUACCCGAAAACUAGCGCAUGGGACAUAAUGUUGGGGAUGAACUUAUGGGGAACCAUAUACAACAUGGUCUACAUGUUUGGUCUGCCACACGGGAGUGGAUACGAAGCUGUGCAGUUCUGCAAGCAACACCCUGAGGCAGCAUGGGACAUUCUCAUGUACUGUCUAUGCGGAGCAGUGGGACAGAACUUCAUCUUCUUGACGAUAAGCAGAUUCGGGUCUCUAGCUAACACGACCAUAACCACGACCAGGAAGUUUGUAAGCAUCGUGGUGUCUUCAGUUCUGAGCGGGAAUCCAUUGUCGUCAAAGCAAUGGGGAUGUGUGUCGAUGGUGUUUGGUGGUUUGUCUUACCAAAUUUACUUGAAGUGGAGGAAGCUGCAGAGAACGCAGAAGAAGAAAAAGACUUGAAGCUGCGAAUCUAUGAUUCUUCGGAAAGAACUAUUGUUUUUUGAUUUGAGAAGCUUUUUUACUUCAUCAUAUAAGGUUCUGAAACGUAGAGGGGAGAAAAGCUUAGUCACAUUAGCAAAAAUGUAAAACUAAUGCAGUAGAAGAAACUUAUAUUUUAUCAAAGCCUAAAAUCAAAUCAUAUUUCC